UGCAUGUACUUCAUAUUGAUUAUUUAGUUUGUACCUAGAAUUUUCGGUAUUAUAUUUCUAAAGUUGUUUAUAUCUACAGUUACCGGAAACACAACUGUAUAGCUGUUAUUUUUGUAGAUACUUUGAUUCUAUAUUACGGUCGAAAUUUAGCGUAUUCUACCCUAAAGUCUCAUCUUACGGUAUUGAACUAGGUCAUGUCUGGUUCCACUUAAGAAAAUCAAUUACUCGGUCCACGUCGCAUAUUGAUUUAUUUCAGUGCAGGGGGAUAUAAGGGUGUUGUCUUAAAAUUACAACUUUAAACAGGCAUUUAAAAUAAAUUCUUUUGAAAGGUUAAAUUCUGCUGUACCGUGAGGUGUUAUUGCACUGCUAGCAAAUUUAAACUUUGGCGCGAUAUUUUUGUUGUUCAUAGCGCUGAACGUUUAUUAAGAUAUUAAUUUCCGUCAAUAGGUAGGUUUACCGUAUGAUGUACCCAUUACCGGCAUGAUUAAUUUAGAAAUAAUAGCACAAGUGUAACAAUAGCACAGGAUUUCCCCCCCCUCUCAAAUUGAAACUCGAGUCAAAAACUUACAUGUCAGUGCUAAUUAUUGAUUCGAUUUAAAAUUUAAAAAUCAGGACAUGUAUUUAAAAGUAUUCGCAGAUGAUUUGUACCUGCAAAUUAUUUUUAAUUUAAAUUUUGCAGUUUUUUAAUCAACACGUUUUUUCACAUCAAAAGCAUCAAAAGAUAGAGCACAAUACCAGCGAACGCACGUACGUAAAGUGAACUGCAUUUUCUAUAGGCAUAUUAUGGCAUGUAAUUCAGUUAUGGGGAAAAGUUGCUAAACACGCAUAUUUUCAUGAACUCUGGGAUUGCAUUAAAGGUGACAGAAUUGUAAGGCAGUUAAAAUUCAUAAUGCCUGAAGUAUAUGCACAGAAUCUUGCUUUGCUAAUGGAAUAGGCGGAUGCGCAGAGCAUGUGGCUGACGACGGGCCAGGCCUGCGCGCUGGGCGCGGAGGAAGUGUCCGCGCAGCUGCGCGUGGACCUGCGACGCGGCCUGGGCUGGCGCGAAGCCGAGCUGCGCAGGCAGCUCACAGGCUUCAAUGAGUUCACGGUGCACGAGGAGGAUCCACCUUGGAAGAAGUACAUAGAGCAAUUCAAGAACCCUCUUAUACUUCUGCUCCUCGGCUCGGCGUUCGUCAGUGUCUGCAUGAAGCAGUUCGACGACGCUGUCAGCAUCACUGUGGCCAUCAUCAUCGUUGUGACUGUGGCCUUCGUUCAGGAGUAUCGUUCCGAGAAGUCGCUGGAAGAGCUGACGAAACUGGUUCCACCAUCAUGUCACUGUUUACGAGACAGCCAUUUAGAGACGUUUCUGGCUCGAAACCUGGUGCCCGGCGACGUUGUGCACCUGAAUGUUGGUGAUCGUGUGCCAGCGGACAUCCGGCUGUUCGAGGCCAUAGACUUGUCCAUCGACGAGAGCAGCUUCACCGGGGAGACCGAGCCGUGUAACAAGACCACUGCCCCUGUCCUGAAGUCCAAUGGCCACUCGUCCAUGAAGAACAUUGCCUUCAUGGGCACGCUGGUGCGGUGCGGCAAUGGGAAGGGCGUCGUGGUGAACACGGGGGAGAAGUCUGAGUUCGGAGAGGUGUUUAAGAUGAUGCAGGCGGAAGAGGCACCCAAGACUCCUCUUCAGAAGAGCAUGGAUAACCUGGGCACCCAGCUGUCACUCUACUCCUUCUGCAUCAUCGUGCUGAUCGUGUUGAUGGGCUGGGUGCAGGGCAAACCCAUCCUGGACAUGAUGACCAUCGGAGUCAGUCUCGGCGUCGCUGCCAUACCUGAAGGUCUGCCCAUCGUGGUGACGGUCACGCUUGCUCUGGGAGUGAUGCGGAUGGCCAAGCGGAAUGCGAUUGUCAAGAAACUGCCCACUGUGGAGACGUUGGGUUGUGUCAGUGUGAUUUGUUCCGACAAGACGGGAACCAUCACCAAGAACGAGAUGACUGUGACGGUCAUUGUCACCUCUGACGGAUACCUCGCGGAAGUGUCUGGUGCGGGAUACAACGACCAAGGAGAGAUUCGCAUCCACAAAUGUGACAGCGUGGACAUAGCGAGAGACUCUAUAUACAGUCUGCUCGAGGUUGGCUGUGUGUGCAACAAUGCUGUGAUCAACGGAGAAACAUUAUUGGGGCAACCCACAGAAGGAGCUCUUCUUGCUGUGGCGAUGAAGCACGGCAUGUAUGGUGUUCCUGACAAGUAUUUGCGGCUGCAGGAGUACCCCUUUAGCUCCGAGCAGAAAAUGAUGGCUGUGAAGUGCGUCUCGAAAUAUUCUGAUAAUAAAGAAGAAAUAUUUUUUGUGAAGGGUGCAUUAGAGAAAAUACUCCAACAGUGCACUAAGUACCAGUCUAAUGGGGCUGUUUAUACUCUCAAUACAAAGAAAGAGCAAGAGUUCUUGGCUGAAGGUUAUGAGAUCGGCAGGAAAGGCUUGAGGGUGGUGGGCAUGGCUCGGGGCUCGUCUCUCCAAGACCUGGUGUAUGUGGGGUUGGUUGGGAUCUGUGAUCCCCCGCGGCCAUUCGUGCGGGAGUCCAUCCAAACCCUCCUGCAGUCCGGGGUGAAAGUAUGCCUCGUCACUGGGGAUGCCCAGGAAACCGCCACAGCUAUUGCGGCGAUGGUUGGAUUAGACACUAUCCACUCACAGGUACUGUCUGGGGAUCAGAUAGACCUCAUGUCAGACCACCAGCUGGAGCAGUGUGUCAAUGACGUCAGCGUCUUCUACCGGGUCACACCUCGUCAUAAGCUCUGCAUCGUUAAGGCCUAUCAGAGGAAAGGCCACAUUGUGGGGAUGACAGGAGAUGGUGUCAAUGAUGGAGUGGCGCUCAAGAAGGCAGACAUUGGCAUUGCCAUGGGGAAGAAUGGCACAGACGUGUGCAAAGAGGCUGCAGACAUGAUCCUGGUCGAUGAUGAUUUCAACACCAUUAUCUCGGCGAUCGAGGAAGGGAAGGGCAUCUUCUACAACAUUAGGAACUUUGUGAGGUUCCAGCUGAGCACCAGCAUUGCCGCCCUCUCUCUGAUAGCGCUGGCUACGCUCAUGGGCAUCCCCAACCCCCUCAACGCCAUGCAGAUACUCUGGAUCAACAUCAUCAUGGACGGCCCGCCGGCACAGAGCCUGGGUGUGGAGCCAGUUGAUAAAGAUGUGGUGAAGCAGAAGCCAAGAAACGUGAAAGAGCCUAUGAUUACACGAUCCCUUAUCUUCAACGUGCUGCUCUCUGCCUGCAUCAUCAUCGGGGGAACACUGUGGGUCUUCAAACGGGAGAUGAGUGACAAUAUAAUCACCCCAAGAGACACAACCAUGACCUUCACUUGUUUCGUCUUUUUUGACAUGUUCAACGCUCUCAGUUGCAGGUCGCAGACAAAGUCCAUCUUCUCAAUUGGCCUGUUCAGUAACCGCAUGUUUCUGGUUGCUGUGACGCUGUCUGUGAUUGGUCAGCUGCUCGUCGUGUACUUCCCUCCACUGCAGAUGGUGUUCCAGACAGAGGCCCUUCACGUCACAGAUAUUGUGUUCCUGGUCGGCCUGACAUCAACAGUAUUCAUAGUCUUGGAGCUGAAGAAAUGCGCAGAGCGUGAAGUUGAGAAGCGCCAGAAGACGAUGACAUGGAAGAAGGAGCUCGACUUCGUAUGACAGUUAAGGAAAACCAGGAGCAAGACCCGACUAGAUUAAGUUCGUUACUUAUUUCUUCUCGAACCCCUUUUGGCCGCCACAAACUUAAAAAAGGGGAGGGAAUUAUAUUUUUUAUUAUUUAUUUAUUUAAGAAAAAAUGAGGAGGUCUCUUCUGGUUGCCCAGUCAAAAUGUGUGCUGCAACAGCAUUCCUAAAACUUUUUUACAAUUUCCACUCUCAUAUGUUAAGAAGAAAAUAAUUAGAUACUAUUAUCUUUUAACAUUGUUGCUUAAAUAAUAACACUGCUUUUAGAAUUUCUAUCUUGCCUAAUGGGUACGAUCUAUCACGUUCCCACUUGAAAAUUUUGGACACCUCUAUUUAGCUUGUCUUAUAGCUUUAGAUGUCAUGUUAAUAAGUAUUUAAUCCGUAUGGCAUGUUCAUAUAAAUAUGUCCUUUUUGAGUUGUAUCAUUUGAUUUAAAAAAAAAAAUUAUUAGAUUUAAGGAGAGCUGUGCAUUCAGCUUUUUCUAGCGUGUUUAAAGUGAGGAUCUGUGAUAUAAUGAACCUGGCAAAGUUAAAAAAUGGAUAUCUAAGUAUUUAUUUAUAUAUAUAUAUAUUGUGUAUGGUUAAAGAAGAACCAUUUAAUUUAUUUUCUUGGCUGUUACAUUAUUGCUUCAAUGUUACCUAGAUUGACAUGAUUUAGAGCAGCCAAGUUCUGUAUGUUACUAUGUCAGAAGUUUUUGUAAUGUUGCAUAUUUGAUGUUUUUAAAGUUUCAUGCCCUAUUAAGUGCAACUACAUGAAUUUACUUUGUCAUUUAAAUUUGGUGAGCCUUGUAGUUUGAGAUGCUGGUUGUGUUUUUUGAAGCCCCAGUGACAUAGGUUCGUCAGGAAUAUCAAAGUUGUUUUAAACUUAAGCAUUUAAUUUUAAAAACAGUUUUCAUUUUUGUCCUCCUAUUUAAUAUCUCAUAAUAUAGAAUUAUUUAUGUAGUCACCAAGUUAAUUUUAAUUUUUCUGAAUUUUUUCCCCUUUAGCAUCAAUAAUAUGGCUGCUUAUUAUAUUUUGUACUUAAGUGAAGAGUAGACUAAUUUUGUUCCCAUAGUUGUGAUUUUAUGUGUGUAGGUAAACUCUUUAAAGACUUGUUUCCACUAAAUAUUUCUUUCAAGCUAAAGUAACCAGUUUCUUGAAAAAGCAGCUAGUAGUGAUUGUGACAUUUAAAUUAUUAUUAUAGUAAUAUAUUUCAACCUACUGAGAAAAAAUUAUGGACGAACCACUAUAAAUGUUAAUCAAAUAAUAAUAAUAAAAAAAAGUUGCUUAAUUUUUUUAAAAUUAUUUGAUUUUACUUGAAAAUUAAAUUACUAUUUGCUGUGCAAGUAACUUGUCUCCUGGAGGAACACCGUUUUAUGGUAAAUAUGCACCAUAACUGCUAUAUAAAUAUAAGUUAUUUAAUUUUUUAGAAUUUGGUUUUACUACUUCUUUAUGUGAAAGAACAAUUAUGAGCUGGUAAAAUAUACCUUUUUGUUUUGUGAAAUAUCUGAAUUUUGAUAGUUACUUGUAGUAUUUGGAAAAUUCCAAAUCUCGAAUGUAUUGUACCUAAAGAAUUGUGAAAUAACUGUAGAAAAGGCUCUAUUUAGAUAAAGUAUUUUAGACUUUUCAAUUUGAAGUAGAACCCUGUUAAUCUUUUGAAGAACUCAUUGUUUUAUAUAUUAAUAAAAAUGCUGAACAGUGUUAGAUUUACUUAAUACAUUUGGAAGUCAGAAAGAAUUUCCACUGGAAACAUAACGGGGUUCUUUUUAGUGUUGCACUACAGGUUCCAUGUAAGGCCUAGGGGACCCUAGUCAAAGAUACAAAAUAAAAUAAUUAAAGUGCUUCUGUGUAUUUACGUAAGUGGUGUUUUAGUCUGAAGUCUGAUGGUUUAACAGUGGAUUACAAACAAUAAAUCAUUGAGUGUUAUUGUAGCGGCACUUCCGUCUUAGGAAUUUAUCAUCUGUAUCUGAAGUGUAAUGCCUGUUAUCUUCGCACUCAUAGCUGCACCAUUUGUACUUAGUAACAAUAAAAUAAACAUUUUAAUCAUGAAAGUAAUGUGCAACAUAAUGCACAGUAGUUUCAUAAAUACACACAACAUAGCUGGAGGUUACUGACUAGUGUUGCAAUGCAUUUUAUUUUACACAAGUACUACUUAAAACCGUAUGUCAAAAUUGUAUCUUUUUUUUAUCUGAAAGAAUAAUAUUGGAUGCUGGUAUGAGUUUAACACUAAUUACAGUUACAAUAAGAGUUUAAGUAUACAGUAAUAUCCUGAACUUACGCGCUAGGCGGGACUGAGCGAUAACCGUGUAUGUCAAAUUCACAUUGAAGUCAGGGUACAAUUUUUCAUAUAAAUACAUACAUACAAAUUAUGUUUGAUUGGGAUCAGAAACUAAAAAAAAACAAUAAUUUAUAAAUAAAGUUUAAUAAAAUCUUAGAAAGUACAACAAAUUAUAUUAUGAAUUGCAGAAAUGUACACCAACGUUAAUUUGAUGUAGAUGGCUUCAUAAAAUCUAAUAGUCAUCUGGCCGAUCGAAGACAUUAUCUUCUCGUGCAAAGUUUCCUUGUAGUACGUUAACAAUAUUUUUCAUUGCUUGUUUUGUAGCAGAAAUGCACUCUUCAUUGGGGUCUGUGAUUUCCAAAAUUAGUAAACCUUUUUCAAUUAAACUGAAACAGAGAGCUCAUUAUUGUGUCUCAGCUUGAUGCAGAUGCACAGAUGAUCUCCUCACAUAUUAAGCUUUGAAUGUAUUGACUCCAUAGUUCAUUGGGUUAAGCAAGCUGGUUUUAUUUGGUGGCAAAAAUACAACUUUCACGCAUUGGUCGAAAUUAGUUAAAGUAGCUGGAGGAUGACCUGGUGCAUUAUCGAUUAAUAGCAUCAUUUAAAAUGUGAUUUGUUUAGAUUGGCAAAAAUGUUUUACUUGGGUAUGAAGUAAUUACCAAACCAGUCCUCAAAAAAGGAAAGUUGUUAUCCAAGCUUUAUUAUUCAACUUCCAAACUGGGCAAGCUAGCUUUAGAUUUAUUUUUGAAUGCUCUUGGCUUUUCUGAGUGAUAAACUAAGGGCAGUUUAACCUGAAAUCACCAGCUGCAUUCGCACCAACCAUCACUGUUAUUUAAUCUUUAGCGACCUUAAAACCUGGAAAGGUUUUCUCUUCACGUGUGAUAAAAGUUCUAGGCAUCAUCUUCCAGAACAGGCCAGUCUCAUCACAUUUAAUAUGGUUUGGCUGGUAUAGCCACAUUAUUUUAUCAUAGUUUUGAGUUUCUCUGGAUAGACACACGCAGCCUCUUCACUUUCUGCAAUGCUGUGCCAAUUACAGCGACUUUUGAAUCUGCUGAACCAACCAUUACUAGCUUUAAACAUGUCAUCUUUUAGCCACCUCCCCUGCUUAUUUUAAUCUCUCGAAAAUCAGCUUAGCUUGAAACGUACCAUGUUCUAUCACCAGGACAAUUUUUCACAUUUACUUGAUAAUUAUAGCAUUGUUUCCAUGACUGGGUAGCGUAAGUUGAGGUAUUACUGUAGUUUUAAAAAAGCUCUUAAAUAUUUUUGACGUGAAACAUCUUUAAAAUCACACCAAAACAUACGGGUAUCAGAACAGAAAUUUUUAACCGUAAGAAAAGUUCUAUAUAGUCUUGUCUUAAUAAGUCCCUGUUAGUUUUAGAGACAUAAGUGCGGUAUCAUUAUUUAACAUGCAUAGACAGCUCACUGAUACAACCUUUAGUUUGUGUCAUGGGCAGGCGGGCUGGUGGGCAAGGGGAACCGGCACUCUCACUUCUUUCUAUUCAGUGUAACUCAAGACUCAGGCGUGAUAGCGCAGUGAUUCGUGUGUGUGUAUAGAGUUUAUUUAGAUCACUCAUUCUAUUUAAGCCAAUAAUAGUGUAUUUUGGACGAUAUUUAUAUGAGUAAACGUAAAGUAAGCCUAUAAAAGAGUAUUAAAACAAUGUCAGCCUCGGCCUGUGCAAGAGCCAGCCGAAAAUAUAAAUCACGCCUAUCAUUGGAAAGAGGAGGCUAUGGGCCACGCACAGGUAUCCCAAUGUCCGGUGCCGAGCAAGCGAAACUUGUUUCGGGAGCAUCGCAAAUCUGCCACGGCAUACUGUGUGAAUGACACUGACUCCGCGAGCACCUCUACCGCUUUUGUACCUGUUCCAAUGAACACAUCGAGUGAAGAUAGCACCCACUCAUGUUUUAGUACGCAGUCAAUGUCUCGUUUUUAUUUCAAUCCCUUACACUGAGAGACUCGCUGAUAUAGACGUUGCACAUCAAACCAAUUGCAGUGUGUACCAACAGCCCGACCCAAUUUAAAAAAUACUGUUAAGGGUGUUUUUAAUGAGAUGAUGAUGAUGAAUAGAAAAGAAAUAGGACUAAACAGUCUUUUGUUCUCUGUCUAGGACUUAAAUUCAUAAAAUUUUCUAGAUCUUGCCAGAAUAACUAUUUAAAAGGCCCCCACCACACACUGGUUUCACAACUCUUGAGUUGAGCUGGUUCGAGAGCAACCAUAUGCUAACAAAAUCACACACUUCAAUGGCAGAUUAAACUCUCAAGCAAAACUAGAGGAAUCCGACAGUAUAACUUCUGUAACAAAGUACUAAUUUAAAAACACAAAGACUUUUUCAAUCUGAAUUAAAUUUGCAUUUUAAGGUUUGUACAUUGUUUGUAGCAUUGUAAAUUGGGGGGGAGGGGGGGGGGGGGGAAGAGAAAAAUCUUAUGCCCUUACAGUAUUCAUAGGAUUGCUGAAAAUGCAGUACAGUACCUCAUUUACCUAGAAUUGGACAAUUUUCACAGAAAAAUUCUGUGAAAUAAAUGGCUUUUGUAAACUGAUUUUCAUUAUAGUUUAGCUUAAACAAUGGAUAUUUCUUUCAUAAUUUUUCUGGUAAUUUCUAUUAAUUUCUGCUAAUUCUAUUAAGAGAACUCACUAUUACAGCACUGGUCUUGAGCAUGAUUAUUUUCUUAACUUAUGUAGCGAUGAAAUCUGAUGUGCAUAAUUUUUGCAUUGCUUUGUUAAUGCAGUUAGAAAGAAAAACACAUUUUUACAUCAUUGAUGCACUUGCUAAUUCAAAUAUUGUUACCAGCUGCACAGAUGGAUUCAUUGUAGGUUUGCCUUAGUAUAAUCAGUCUUGUUGAAAAUGUUUUCUUGUAUGUACUUGUGAAUGUGUUUCAGAGAGGGAAACAAUGUCAAAAAUGCAGUUGUGGAUGAAAUUACAUUGAACUGUCAUGAGCAGAGCUAAUUGAAUGUCUCGUACCAAACACAAACAAAUUAAGCAUAGAUACUAAAAAGCUACUGUAGAUUUGGUAUCAUAUCAAUGUUUUAAUCUUUUAUAGUCUUUCCAUUAUAAUUUUUAGUUCCAGGACUGUGUUAUAUCACUCAAUUUUCAGUGGUCUUUAUUUUCUUAAGCCAAUCGAUAGUAAAUUUCUAUGUGUUUUUAUUUGGUUAACAAUGUGGCAAAUGUUUUUUUAUUCUCAUGUUUUAUUUAAUUUCUGGCAAUCUCAGACUUAAACCGAGGCAUUUUGUAUGAGGUAUACAGACUAAUUGCAAAGAUAGAGAAUGGUUGAACAACAAACUGCUGAGAUGGCUUCUUGACUACUACUACUGUAUAUAUUAGUAGGCCAUUAUUCAACAUGUUAAAAAACUGUAGUUGCAUUAAGCACACAGUUUGAGAGAGGAGAGUCACUUUAAAACUUCACUAUUAAGCUAUGCUAGUUGAUUAACAAACAUAGUGUGUUGGUGGAUUUCAGCACAAUGACAAUGUUUUCUCAAAGCAGUAUUUGUAUGUAUCAUUGUGGGUGUAGUUUUGUUGCAGGGACGGAUCUACAUGGCUUUCCUUCACCCUGGGCAAAAUUUGUGAUUCCCUCUUCCCCCACAAAAAAAGUAUUAACAUACCAGGGAUGAUUUUUGUUUUCCACCAAUGUACAUAUUAUGUAAAAUUUUAAGUUAAAUUCGACCAAACACAAAGUACUUACCAGUGUUACAGUGAAUGUUUUUUUGUCACAACCUCUACGCAAGAAUGCAUGUGCAAACUCAAUAGAAACAUGAGUAAUAAAGAUCACAAUUGAAAACAUGAUAUUAAUAAUUAGCAAAAUUGAAAUAUUAUUUAUUGUGUGGUUCUAUUUGCCUUUAAUUAUAAACUUUCUGCGGUGUAGUAGAAAUCUGCUAGCCAUCCUUUGCCCCCUCCAACAGCUCCGGGGCAGGAUGCCCUCCCUAGAUCUGUCUCUGUUUUGUUAUAGGAAACUUUUUUUUUUGUAACCACCAGUUUGUAGAAACACCAUUCAUUAGACCAGCCAAACACACGUAAAAUUACUUCUGUAAAAAAAAAAAGUUGUACCAAUUAGAAAUCUUGAAAUUUAAGCAAAAGUAAGAGAUGUACAUACAUCUCAUUCUAGUCUCUUAUGUGCUAAGAGUGCUUAUGAGAAUCUGUUGGGCCUAAAAAUUUCACUGCCAGCUUUCAGCUAUUAUACUCAAUUAAUUUUAUGACUUACAAAUAAUAUAAGUUAAAAAAAUUUUAUACGUAACUAAGGUUUGAUGGAAACUGUCAAGAUGUUCAAAUUAGUCCAUACAUUAUAUAAUAUUAAAACAUAAACAACUUUUUCAAAGUUUUGUUUAUGUACUAUAUCACUGUAAAAUCUUAAACUUAAGUUCAUUAUUUCAAAUAAUUAUGUUUUUUUAUACUUAAUAUAUGGCUGGAAGCUUGACAGAGAGGCAUAGUGUGUGUGUUAAAUGUUUCCCCCCACUUCUCUCUCAAGCACACCCAUGUGUGUGGAACUGUAAAGAACCAUUCUUACAUGUCACUGUGUGUACUUGACUAUAAACUUACCAGGAAAAUAAAAAGGGUUCAACAGUGCAGCGUUGCCUCUUCACCAAAGUAACAUGAGCCCAUAAGCUAUAUUUAAAAAGAGUCUGCAAGGAUGGACAGGGUUUACCCUUGCACACUGUCUCUACAAUACAAAUACGUAUCUUAAAUAGUUUACAGCCUUGUAAAUGUUCAGCCCUAUGUAUUCCAUACAUUGUGCAUCAUGUACUGUGGCAAAACAAUCAAAAAUUGUGCUACAAUUGUGUAGAAAUUGUAUGUUGACAGUCCGGGAACAAUAAGGUGGGAAUUAUUGGACACCUAUUUAUAGCUGAAAGGGAUAGAGAAUUUUGGUUUCAUUUUCCUUAAGAUGAAGUCAGAAAAAGUCUUCAAUUAACGCUACUUUCCGAAACUUUGUGCACCCUUAUAAAUCAGCAAAUUAGCUGAGGCCCAGGCAAGUUAGGUAGUGCUGAUGUGCAGCUGCUGAAGGGCAUUGUAAUGAGGGGCUGUUUUCAAGGGCUAUAUUACUAGCAGUAUGGAUAGAACCUUCGACUUUUGGUUUUUUACAUGAAUAGAAUGUAAUUGGGAACAUUGUAUUGGUGCAGUACAAGAUGUGAUGAUAAGCACAUAAAAGUUUGAUGUAUAAAAGCUUACCAUACUAAGUUAGUUACCAUGUAGACUUGGUUCAUAGCUGUUCCCACAGAGGCAGCGUUGUGCUAGAGCCUUAUUGGAGGAAGCUAAUGCUUGCUCUUUGCACAAGCUCAUUGUGUGCACUGUUUUGUUUUUGUAUUCUAUCUGCAUUUUUGUGUGCUUUGCAUAGAAAUGCAGGAUUGAAGGACCUGUCACAUUUUGACAGUUCAGGUCUCACAGGAAUGUUUAACACAAAAUUUGAAUUAUUCUGCAACUGAUUUUUUUCCCUUCUGUUCAUGUUAAUGUUACAGGGCAUUUAGUGUCUAAUAGCAAAAAAAAUUAACAUAUUUUUAAUUAGUAUCGAUUAAUGGCAGCAAAUGGUAAUAAACUUUGUUACAAACUACCAUAUUACCAGAGUGAGAACCAAAUGGUAAUGAACUUUGUUACAAACUACCAUAUUACCAGAGUGAGAACUUUGUGAUUUGUUAAGCACAAGAUAAUGAUAUAGAAUUAGUUUAUAUGUAUAAAAAUAUUGCAGUGAUUUAGUAAGUUAAAUUCAUUUUGUAUUAAGUUUUUUAUAUCACAGUGAAUCAUUUUGUUUUCCAGAUUAUUUUUGUGACUUUUUUACAGUGUCGUUGUAUGAGUUAGGAAUUGCAUGUAUGUAUUUGAACUGAAUAAGAAUGAACACAAGCUUCCUCCAGA